AUGCGCCGCCGCAGGGACAGACGACUACGAAUCCGCCAUCCAGCACGCCCACAACGCCUUCAAGUCCUGGUCCCAGACCACCCCGUCCGCCCGCCGCCUCAUCUUCCUCCGCGCGGCCGACAUCCUGACCUCCUACCUCGACCAGGACUGCCCCCCGCCAUCCUCUCGAGCGAGGUCUCGGCCGUGCCGUCCUGGGUCAGGCUGAAUAUCCUCGCCUCCGCCGCCAUCCUCCGCGAGAGUGCGGGUCUGGUCACCCACAUCAAAGGCGAGAUUGUCCCCGCGGACCGGCCGGGGACGACCAUCCUCGUCAAGAGGGAGCCUGUCGGCGUGAUUUUUGCCAUCAGUCCGUGGAAUGCGCCGGUCAACCUCACCGCUCGCGCGAUCGCCACCCCCCUCAUCUGCGGCAACACCGUCGUCCUCAAGCCGUCUGAGUACAGCCCCAAGUCGCAGCACCUGGUGGUUCGCGCCCUCCUAGAGGCCGGGCUGCCUCCCGGCUGCGUCAAUUUCCUGCCCUCCAGCGCGCAGGACGCGCCGGCCGUGACCGAAUUCGCCGUCAAGCACCGGCUCGUUCGCAAGAUCAACUUCACGGGCAGCGACCGCGUUGGCCGGAUCAUCGCCGGCUGGGCCGCGCAGUGUCUGAAGCAGACGCUGCUGGAGCUGGGCGGCAAGGCGCCGGUCGUUGUGCUCGAAGAUGCAAAUCUGGAGGACGCCGUGAAUGCGAUUCUCUUUGGGGCGCUGUCGAAUAGCGGGCAGAUCUGCAUGUCCACCGAGCGAGUCAUCAUCCGCAAGAACGUCGCCGACGAGUUCAUCCAGCUGCUGCUGGCACGGGUCAAGGAGAUCAAACGCAUCCUGGCGAUGAUCGACGACGCGCUGGCCAACGGGGCCUCGCUGCUCUUCGGCGACCGCAGCGUGUCUGGCCCCAACAAGACGAUCCUGCAGCCGCACGUCCUCGACCACGUCAAGCCGUCCAUGGCCAUCUUCCGCGAGGAGAGCUUCGGGCCCAUCCUGUGCAUCACGCGGGCCGACUCGGAGGAAGAAGCUGUCGACCUGGCCAACGACUCGGACUACUCGCUCUGCGCGAGCGUCUUCACGCGCGACGUGCUCAGGGGCAUGGAGCUGGCGCAGCAGAUCCGCGCCGGCAGCUGCCAUGUCAACGGGCCGACGGUGUACAUUGAGCCGACGCUGCCCAACGGGGGAACGGGGGGACGCAGCGGAUACGGCCGGUUUGGAGGGAUGGCUGGGGUGGAGGAGUUUACGGAGAGGAAGAUUGUGAGCCUGGUUAAGCCGGAUAGUAGUUAUUAG